UUCGUUCAUUCGAAUCAGCGAGCUGUCGGUGCGAUUCGUAUACUGUUUUUUUUCGUAAUAUUCACGACAAGAGUUUAAAAGAUUAUUUUAUUUAAUAAACUUAUUCUAUAUACUUUGCUAGUAAUUCUAUGAUAGUUCAGAGUAGAACAAGUGAUAUCGCAACAAACGAUGAAAAAUAUUAUGAAAAUACCUAACACUAUGUUUUUUUCUUUACUUAUAUUCGCAUCGUUGACGGAUGCUUUCAGUUAUUAUUUAGCUGAUUUGACCAUACCGAACCCUCGCGAACAGUCAGAAUACAUUUACAAAAAGUGUUUGUCAAUGAACAAAAUUGUCUACGAAGACCGCUGUUGGGACUUAUUGACAAAAGGACCGUGCGAUGAGGGACAGUGGUUGGUAUUGGACAAAGUGGCAGACGAAGUGCAAUUGCAAGAGCCGCGUCCCUUGACGGCCAAAUGCAAGAUACGUCGGUGCAGUGAAUCAGACGUGUACUGGCCGCGUGACGGGUUUUGCCACAACGAGGAAACGGCUCGUCGUGGACAGCUGUGCGCCAGCGCUAACACCGUGUUGGCCAUCGACGAGUACGGCGAUGGGUUCUGCAAGUGCCACGAUGGCGGCAAAGUCCCCUACGUACGCGUCGUCAGUUCCGGAAAUGAUGACAACGACUCGCAGCCGUGCUAUCCUGUGUACUCAAAGGGUCCUUGUCCCAGAGAUCUCGUGCUAACGCCCUAUGGGGACAGGUACGGCGUCUGCACGGUGGACGAUUGCGCGGAGGAACGCCGCCGGUGGGCCGCCGCCGAUACGUCGUCGCAACGGUCGGGCGAGACGCGACAGCGACGUGGGCAGCCGACCUCGGUGGCCCGCUGGACCGACGGACAGUGUUACGAGCUGGGCACGCGGGGCCCGUGCACCGGCCACGAGCAGUUGGCCGUGGUCCGCGCCACGAUGCGGCCGGAAUGCGUCAGGCUGUCGGUGGAGCUGACGGUGUUGCCCAAGACGACGGACCGUCCGGGAUGCGAGACCGACCACUGGGGAAACUGCGAGACGGGCGUGGAAGUGUCGACGACGCCCAACGAGCUGAGGGACGCGUUGCUGAAGAACGCCAAUAGGUACAACGGCCAGACGACACGCCGAGCCAACGUGCGCGCGGUCCGCCGCAGUCGCCUGUAGUCGCGCCGCCGCCGGUGCGGGUGACCGCGUCACGCGUGUGGGCGCGCGUACCGCUACUGCUCGACUGUAGUCUGUACGCUAUUGCAGUAUGUGAACGACGAUUUUGGCGUGUUUAAGAUUUUCAGGAGUGGAAGGAAGUGUGUCGGAAAUCGACCGUUGCGGGGUGGGUCGUCGUAUAACCGUUUUAUACUGUAUAAUAGCACGACGAAAGCGGAUUUAAAUUUUUAAUUUUCAACUCGAUUUGCACACGUACAAAUAAUUAUAUUGUUUUGUUAUUUUUUUCCAUUUCAUUUAAAUACGGCACACGGUUAAACAUUAAUUAUAAAAUCGACUUCGCGUAGUCUUCUGUUUAUAGACGAUAUAAUAAUAUGAUGUGCUAUCCCGAUGCACAUACAAAUACAAGUAUGCCGGUGUUCUAUGCACGUAACAGUCUUAUAUUAUUGUACCUAAUAGGUACAAUAUAUCUGCACCCUAUAAUAAGUGUACAUAGGUAAUGUGAACGAGUGUACGACCGUGAUUGGUGACGUUGCUAGCUGUUAGUAAAUGAUCGGAACUCGGAAGUACCAAUUGUAUGGAUCUUAAGGAACCUCUAUACAAAAUAAUAAACUAUAAUAUUUUAUAGUUCAAUGAUUUCAGAUUUGCCUUUUGUCGCUAAUAUUUUAAUUUAAAAUAUUUCGUGUUUCACUUUUUUCUUCGCUCAGUUUUUUUAAUUCGUAAUAGGUAUAUACACAUUAUUAUAGACUAUAACUAGUUAACACCAAACGCGAUACCAUCAAGUAAACAGUUUAAAACAAAAAUAGUAAUAUUACUAAUACAAAUAUAAUAAAAGUAAACGAACAUUGUCGUUUACCUCACAUAUAAAGCAUUAAUUAUAUACAUUAAAUAAAUCGAACUGAAUGGUAUCUUGUUAUUAUUACAAGCUUAUAGAAUUAAUAACAUGACAUGUCAUACAUCAUAAUAUACGUCACAUAGUUAAUACUCUUACAGAUAAAUAUUUAAAAUAAUUCGCAUAUUUCUAUUAUCAGAUAAUAUUAUUGUUACAUAUUAUGUUUUUUUUUUUUUGUACAAUUUAUGAAAUAAUAACCAUCACACUAGUCUCUUUUUUGACGAUUUAUUAGCCGUGAUUUUUGUCAUGGAUAUAGGAUAUAUGUAAAUGUUAAAUAAAACGUAUUUUAAU